AUGGUCUUACGAGUUUUUUUGGUGGAAUCAAAUGAGGUUUGGCCGGCCAGGAAGGAUGUUGGUUCAAGUGAUCCUGUUAAGAACAAUGCCGCCUCUGCCAAAUCUACCAAAAGAAGGGCAGAUCCAAUCGGAAGAGGAGCGGCAGCUUGUGCGACUGUGCUGGGAGCAACAGUAGACGCCAGGCUUCGGGUAUCGAGCAAAGUAGCACAAGUAAAAUCUUGUUCUGUGCCUCCAAUAGGCUCUGAACGUCCACGACGUGCACCAGAUAAACGUAUUGGAGUCAUGGGCCCUUGCUCACAAGCCGGAACUAAUCUUCGGUUACUUCCUGUCGCCACAGGUGAUGAUAAGUUCGCAGAAAAUGUUGACCUACCUGGACAACUAGGAAAGUGGCGAAGAAUGCUUGUCCAGAGGAGUGAUAGUAUUGAUUCCAACUAUAAUUAA